CUCUUCGGCGGUACUACUAGGGCCGCUGGGACUGGUACACUGCGAUUCAGGAACUGUUCUUACCGCCGAGAGCAAACCCUUGGGACACUCUCACUCACACUCUCCGAAGCGCGGAACAGAGUACAGCUGCAAGGUGGAAAAUGGCGUCGCCGACUCCAAAUUCUGAAAACCAGCCAUCUACUCCGGAUUCCCCGACUUCGGCAGGCUUCAAUACAGAUCAACUCCCUCACCAUACCAGCCAAAACAAUACCGACGACGACGAGGCCUCCGUCGAUCCCCAAAUCAUUCCCGAUGAGCCGGAAGAGCUCGCGGAGGAUGAGGAGGAGGAGGAAGGAGAGGACCUCUACCACGACGAUUUCUUGGAUGACUACCGGAGAAUGGAAGAGAACGACCAGUACGAGUCAGUUGGACUGGACGACUCUUUGGAGGACGAAAGGGAUAUGGAUCAGAUCGUGCACGAUCGAAGGGCUGCUGAGAUAGAACUCGAUGCUCGUGAGGGCCGCAUGACGAACCGGAAGCUUCCUCAGCUUCUCCAUGACCUUGACGAUGACAACUACAGGCCUUCAAAGAGGUCUCGAGCCGAUUUCAGGCCUCCUAAUGAGCCGCAAAGUUACGAUGAUACCGAUGGUAUGCAAAGCUCUCCAGGAAGGUCCCAGCGUGGACAUUCAAGAGACGAUGUGCCCCUGACUGAUCAAACUGAUGAUUAUCCUUAUGAGGAUGAAGAUGGUGAUGAAGGUGAGUUUGAGAUGUACCGCGUCCAAGGAACUUUGAGGGAGUGGGUAACCAGAGAUGAGAUUCGGCGUUUCAUAGCCAGGAAGUUCAAGGAGUUCCUACUCACCUAUGUUAAUCCAAAGAGUGGGCAAGGAGAUUUCGAGUAUGUGCGGCUGAUAAAUGAGAUGGCGUUAGCAAAUAAGUGUAGCUUGGAGAUUGACUACAAGCAGUUCAUCUACGUUCACCCAAACAUUGCCAUCUGGCUUGCUGAUGCACCCCAAUCAGUCCUGGAGGUCAUGGAAGAGGUCGCCAAAAGUGUGGUUUUCGACUUGCAUCCAAAGUACAAAAACAUUCAUCAGAAAAUCUAUGUCCGAGUUACCAACUUGCCAGUCUAUGAUCAGAUCCGGAACAUUAGGCAGAUACAUUUAAACACCAUGAUUCGCAUUGGGGGAGUUGUGACUAGACGUUCAGGAGUUUUCCCCCAGUUGCAACAAGUAAAGUAUGAUUGCAACAAAUGUGGGGCAGUAUUGGGACCUUUCUUUCAGAACUCAUAUUCAGAAGUCAAAGUUGGUUCUUGUCCCGAAUGCCAAUCAAAAGGGCCAUUUACUGUCAAUAUUGAACAGACUAUAUAUAGGAAUUACCAGAAACUCACCCUUCAAGAAAGCCCAGGAAUUGUGCCAGCAGGCCGGCUUCCUAGACACAAGGAAGUGAUACUGCUGAAUGAUUUGAUUGAUUGUGCACGCCCUGGUGAAGAGAUUGAAGUGACAGGAGUAUACACGAACAACUUUGACCUAUCUUUGAAUACAAAGAAUGGAUUUCCCGUCUUUGCCACAUUAAUUGAGGCCAAUUAUGUUACAAAGAAGCAGGAUCUAUUUUCUUCAUACAAACUUACCCAAGAGGACAAAGAAGAAAUCGAGAAGUUGGCUAAAGAUCCAAGGAUAGGAGAAAGGAUUGUCAAGUCCAUUGCUCCAUCUAUAUAUGGCCAUGAGGAUGUCAAAGCUGGGAUUGCGCUUGCAAUGUUCGGAGGGCAGGAGAAAAAUGUUGAAGGGAAACAUCGUCUACGUGGUGACAUCAAUGUACUUCUGCUGGGUGAUCCAGGCACUGCAAAGUCUCAGUUUCUGAAGUAUGUGGAGAAGACCGGGCAGAGGGCUGUCUAUACGACUGGCAAAGGAGCUUCUGCAGUAGGUCUCACAGCAGCAGUCCACAAAGAUCCAGUGACGAGAGAGUGGACCCUUGAAGGAGGUGCCCUUGUUUUAGCUGAUAAGGGUAUCUGCCUCAUUGAUGAAUUUGACAAGAUGAAUGACCAGGACAGGGUGAGCAUACACGAGGCAAUGGAGCAACAGAGUAUUAGCAUAUCAAAAGCUGGGAUUGUUACAUCUCUUCAAGCUCGAUGUUCUGUCAUUGCUGCUGCAAAUCCUAUAGGGGGAAGGUAUGAUUCAUCAAAGACAUUUGGGCAAAAUGUUGAGUUGACAGAUCCCAUUGUUUCUCGUUUUGACAUCCUAUGUGUCGUCAAGGAUAUUGUGGAUCCUGUAGCAGAUGAGAUGCUUGCAAAAUUUGUUGUAGAUAGUCAUUUCAAGUCGCAACCUAAGGGUGCUGCUAUGGAUGACCGGUCCAUGAACGAGUCCCAAGAGGACAACCAAGCCACUUCUGUGGCCACUGAUCCAGAGAUUCUUCCUCAAGAUUUGCUAAAGAAAUACAUAUCCUAUGCAAAGCUUAACAUCUUCCCUAGGCUGCACGACUCUGAUAUGGAAAAGCUAACCCAAGUGUAUGCUGAACUCCGGAAGGAAUCUUCGCACGGGCAAGGAGUCCCCAUAGCUGUAAGGCAUAUUGAAUCUAUGAUUAGGAUGUCCGAAGCACAUGCCAGAAUGCAUCUCAGACAGUACGUGACAGAAGAAGAUGUGGACAUGGCAAUAAGAGUUCUUCUGAAUUCAUUCAUAUCAACUCAAAAGUACGGAGUGCAGAGGGCUUUGCAGAAGGUACAAUUAAGAUUGUUGCGAGUCCUUUUCAUAUUCAUUUCCUCCUGUUUCGAGGGCCUCAUCCUUCUGUCGUUGCUGGGAUUCGUGUUCCAGAGUUUCAGAAAGUACAUCACAUACAAGAUGGAUUACAACAGAAUGCUUCUCAAUCUUCUAAGGGAGCUGGUGAGCAAAGCUCUGCGCUUUGAGGAGAUUGUUUCUGGUUCAACCUCGAGGCUUAGCCAUAUUGAUGUGAAGAGGCAGGAUCUCCAGAGCAUGGCCGAAGAACGGGGGAUUACAGAUUUGGAACCUUUCUUUUCCAGCAAUGACUUUUCAGCGGCCAAUUUUGAGCUGGUGGAAGAGCGUCACUUGAUAAGGCAUCGCCUUCCAAGGCAGUCACAAUAGUUUGGUUGCAGAUUUGUAAUACUAGUACUAUAGUGUACCCAUUGGCUGGCUCCUCCCGCAGCAAAUCGAGCUAUAUUUAUUUAGUGCUUUACUGUGACACUUUUGUCAGACGUAUCCUUGUAUUUUCAUCUAGUUAUUAGUUUUAUUUUAGAUCUUUAAAAAACAAGUAAUGAAAUUAAUGUUCCUUAGAGUCAAAUCAGUGGGGCUUAAUUAAUUAAUAGUUGGUUCAAUUAUAAUU